AUGAAGGACGUUGGCAAGACCUCCGAGGAGCAAAUUGAGGUGCUUGAUUAUGAUAAACCAGGACAGGAUGGUUAUGAUGUUGCGAACAAAGUGAUGGGAACGGUCAAGUUGACCGAAGACUCGAUCAUCUAUAUCCCCACUCCUACUGCGGAUCCGCAGGAUCCCAUGAAUAUGCCAAAUUGGGAGAAAACAGUUGUACUUAUAGUCAUUUCUACAUUCUCCACUCUCAGCAUCUCUCUUGUAUCUGGAUUCGGAGGCGUGAUCACAUUUUAUGUUCCAGAGUACAGUGCCGCAGGCAAGGACUAUGCUGCUAUCUCGCAGUUGAUGACAUACCCAACGCUUUUCAUGGGUAUUGGCAAUCUUAUUGGCAUGCCUAUCGCCAUCGCCGUCGGCCGUCGGAUCGUUCUUUUGGCAUUCACUCUUAUACUGAUACUUGCUGCGGUCUUAUGUGUGAAGGCAGAGACCUAUGAAUGGCAUCUCGGCGCUCGUAUGGUCCUGGGACUUUGUGCAGGACAAAGUGAGGCACUAGUGCCUAUGAUCACCCAGGAAAUCUUCUUCCUACACGAGAGAAGCAAAUACCUCAUGCUUCAACAAGCCAUUCAAGUUGUUCUGACCACGGUCUGGACACUAUUUGCCAGUCCAAUUGCCGGCGGUAUUACACCCCAAGGCUGGUAUGGUCUCGGUGCAGGUCUAGCCGGGCUCCAGUUCCUAGUUGCUGUGGUUCUUCUUCCAGAAACGAAGUAUGAUCGCGGUUUGACAUCGUACCAAGAGACUGUCUCAGAUGACAACUCAGCGAGACAGAUGGAUCUCGAGGCUGAUGGAACUACUAAGCCCACAAUAGUUGUUUGCAAGGAGAGGCCACCACUUGACUUUGUUAACUACUCCCCAAGGACCUGGAAAUCGGAUAUGAGGCUCUGGGUUGGAAAGCCGGAGUGGCAUAAGGCAAUUGAUGUGCUCAAGCAAACCUUCCAACUCUUGUUCUUCCCCAACGUCUUCUGGGCAUUGUGUAUCAACGGCCUCACUAUCGGCGUCAAUAUUGCCAUUGCCACAACCUACGGCACAAUCCUCACCAGUGCUCCCUACAACUGGCCAGAUUCGAGCACCAGCUACGUGAACUGUGGACAAAUCAUAGUAGCCUUGAUCGCCCUCCCACUACUCGGAACAGGCUCCGAUACACUCAUCAAAUGGUUUGCCCAGCGCAACGGAGGUAUGCACGAGCCAGAAACCCGACUCUUGCCUUUAGUCUUCCCUGUCAUCGUCGGCGUCUUUACCGCUGUCCUCUACGGUCAGGGAGCUUCUCAUCCGGAGCAUUACCAUUGGUUUGUAUAUGCGUGGACAGUGGCAGCCUAUUAUUUCUGCUUCGUUGGUGCGAACAUUGUCGCCAUCACGUACUUGCUAGAUAGUUAUCCUGCUCGGGCUGGUCCCCUGCUCGUCAUUAUCUGUGCGUUCCGAGGGUUUAUCUCGUUUGGAACGAGUUAUGGCACCACGGCGUUCGUGGAUAACCAUGGUUAUGAUGGUGCCUUUGGUACCUUUGGUGCUUUAACGGGUGUGCUUGGGUUGUUGGGUGUGCCAGUUUAUUUCUGGGGCAAGAAUAUCCGACAGUUCACUGGGAGAUUUGCCAAGAGCAAGACGGAUUAG